AUGGGGCUUGAGUCAAACAAUUCGGCCACGGAUGUGUAUGUUGUCGGAGAGGAAGAAGGGGCGAAGAGACGUUCAUUCAACCUCUACUGGAAGAUUGGCCAUUUCUUCAUUUGGCUUGUCAUGACUGGCUGGUGGAUUGCCGGACUUGUUCUUCACAGAUACGACCUGGGCUGGUUGAUUCCUUUCCUUGUCUGGCUUGGCCUUACUAUCCGACUCGUCACCCUCUAUGUUUCUACCAAAUAUGUCACCAAGCCCAUUGCAUUUGUCUGGAUCAAGGCCGUCUACAACCCAGUCCAGAUGAUCCCAGAGAAGUUCAGACUUCCUCUUGGCGCUGCUGGAACAAUUGCUGUCUUCCUCGUGGGCACUUUCAUCCCUGCAGAAUCUGCAGACAACACAAGGGCAAACCGUGCAGUGAGCUUGUUUGGUCUGCUUGUGUUCAUUGGCACAUUCUAUGCUACUUCCCGGGACCGCAAGGCGAUUCAAUGGCAGACUGUCAUUGUCGGAAUGCUUGCUCAAUUCCUGCUGGCACUCUUUGUGUUGCGAACAAAGGCUGGUUAUGAUAUUUUCAACUUCGUCGCCUACCUUGCCAAGACCCUCCUCGGAUUUGCCGCUCAAGGAACCUCAUUCCUCCUCAGCGCUUCAGCUCUGGAACUCGGAUACUUCCUUCUCAACGUCAUCCCACCAAUCAUCUUCUUCGUCGCAUUCGUCCAACUUCUGUACUACUGGGGCUGGCUACAAUGGGCCAUCAAGAAGUUCGCGACCGUGUUCUUCUACGGGAUGAAAGUCAGCGGCGCUGAAGCCGUUGUGGCAGCUGCUUCUCCCUUCGUCGGCCAGGGAGAAUCCGCAAUGUUGAUCAAGCCUUACAUCCCUCACCUCACAUCGGCGGAGCUCCACCAAGUCAUGACCUCUGGCUUCGCAACGAUCGCCGGUAGCGUUCUUGCAGCCUAUAUCUCUAUGGGCAUUAGUCCAUUGGCACUCGUGUCAUCGUGUGUGAUGAGUAUCCCAGCCUCUCUAGCCAUCUCCAAGCUUCGCUAUCCCGAGACGGAUGAACCUCUCACCGCAGGCAAGAUCAUCAUCCCCGAAGACCAAGAUGAGAAGCCGAGUAACUCUCUCCAUGCAUUUGCGAACGGAUCGUGGUUGGGUAUCAAGAUCGGAGGUAUGAUCAUUGCUGGGCUGCUUUGCAUUCUCGCACUUCUUGGUCUAGUCAAUGGUCUACUCGGAUGGUGGGGACACUACUUGAACAUCAACAACCCUCCUUUGAGUGUCGAGAUGAUUCUCGGUUAUCUCUUCUACCCCAUCGCUUUCUUGCUAGGAGUGGAGCGUAACGGAGACUUGUUGAAGGUCUCGCAAUUGAUUGGUGUUAAGGUGGUUGCAAAUGAGUUCGUUGCUUUCGCAAAAUUGACCCAGGAUGCAGGCUAUGCCGCCCUAUCAGCUCGAUCCCGCCUCAUCGCCACCUAUGCAGUCUGCGGUUUCGGUAAUAUCAGCUCAGUCGGUAUCCAAAUCGGCGUUCUUUCCCAGUUGGCCCCUGGCCAGAGUGGCCGCAUCGCCAAAGUCGCCUUUUCUGCUUUGAUAUCCGGGGUCAUUUCGACCUUGACUAGUGCAAGCAUUGCGGGCAUGUUGAUCACGGAUCAGAGUAGAUAUACCACAGUUGGCGUUCAGCAUUGA